UUCUCGGAUUUCAACCAGUGAAAAAGAGCUUUUUAUUCAUCAUGGAGUCAACGUCGACCAACGUGGAUAAAACGGAAGAGAGAACGACCGUUUUGGAAGAGGUGGUGACAAAGAAAAGAGUUGUUCAGCUGAACACCUGCGUUGCUGGGGAGUCACGUGAUGCCCUACACGAAACAGGAAGUGAAGAGCCUUUCACCUAUGAAAAAGUAAACCAACUUCGUAGUGAGUUCCUGUCAUUUGUGAGCGACAUCCAAACCGCAGCUGAUGCUAGCGAGUCGUCUCGGAGGUCCAAGUUUGAGGAGGCCAGCAGAAAAAGACUGCAGAGACUAGAUGAAGACGUCCGAGCCAGUCAAGUCAAAUACGAGGAGAUCACAGAAGGCUGGACACUGGCUGCACAGAAGACCUUCCACUUGGACAUACAGGAAGCUCUGACCAGCCAGCAGCAGCUGUGUACAGCACUCAUGGAAGACAAGUGGAGACUCAUAAACGACCUGAAGGAGGAACUGAAGAGCGAGGACGAUCGCUUUGUGAAGGACUUGCGGAAGCAGUCGGAGGAGCUGGAACUGAUGUUGGAGAAGAUCAGAGCUCAAUUUGAAGCUCUGACAGAAGCCUACAGGGAGGAGCUGGAUCAGGCUGAGAAAACCUAUCAAGAGGAGCAUGAAAUCCUGCUGAGAGAGGACCAGACUCAGUGGCAGCAGCACCUAGAGGGACUUCUGGAGCAGCAGCAAGAGAGAGAGAAGGAGAAGAGGGGCUUGGUGGAGGAGUGUGAGGAGAAGCUGCACCUUCAGAUGCUGACCACUGACCAGUACAGCAAGACGGAACACAGGCGCAAGUAUCUGGAUCUGGAGCGAGAGCACCAGCAGCUGCAGGCCGACAGGAUGAUCGCAGAUGUGAGGCAGAUCAAGAUCAAGGACGACGCUGAGAUCCAGAAUGUGACUCAGGAGAAGAACAAAAUCAUGAGUUUGACGCAGGAGCGUAAGAGACUCCAGAGGGAUUGUGCAGACAAGGAGAAGCAGCUGCUGAGGAACCGCAGAGUUCUGGCGGAGGAGUAUGAGCGCCGCCUGCUGGAGCAAGAGAGUCUGAACAAGAAAAUCAGACUCUUUGCCUCGUCGCAUGCUAAGACCUACACUGAGAUGAAUCAGAUGCUCCAGGCUGAGACGGAUCUCCUGGCUGAGAAGCUGUCCUUCAUUGACUCCGUCAUCUCUCAGCACCCUCUGGGUCCCUCCCUGGACACCCCCCUGGCAGAGGCUCCUCUUGAGGCUCCUCAGAACGCCCCAGUGGUGACGGCUCCUUUAGCCACUCCAAGACCAGAUCCUCAGGUCCUCAGAAUCCACACAGGGAGGAAGGAGGAGGAGCUGGUGAUGAAGCUGAAGGAUCUGCUCCGAGAAGAGCCCCUGGAUCUCCAUGUUGAUGAUGAUGACUUGUUGGCUGAUUUCCUGUCUGAGUACACACAGCAGAUGGAGGGUGCUGACUCGCCUGCCAGCUUGACCUCUGACCUCUUUGAUCCUGAUCACGUCCUGCCAGCUCUGACAAGUUUCCUGAAGACUCGCAGGCCGCUGAGCUCCAGCAGCAGUGAUGAUGAUGAUGAUGAUGAUGAAGAUUACUGGAAGAGAAUGUCAAACAUGGUCUCUGAGGACAAACUCAAACUUUGGGCAGCAGCUGAGGAGACGGUCAAACUUCACUAUGGGGCGCUGAAGGAAAUCUCAGAUUUAACCUCAGAGACUGAAAGUCUGAAGCAGCAGAACGCCGAGCUGAGAUUGUUGUUGGAGCAGCCGCUCAUCCCUGCGGUCGACAAUGAUCGUCAUGAUUCAUAGACCACAGUGCUGGACGUCUCUUGACUGAAACACUGUGACAUCGACUAGAAGAUUGGUUCACAAAGCAGAAGAAACAAAACAACUAGAAAACUGUUUCCGGGACAGUUCACUGAAGCAGCUAGGACAGGGGAAGCAGAGGAAGCAGACAGGAGGAGGAAGAGAGCGCGGCGGCUACCGGCGCAUCAGGCCCCCAGCAUCUUCUUGACCAGGUAGCCGGGGAAGGAGUAGAGGAAGAGGCCCAGCAUGACCAGCAGCAGCGCCAGCCCCAGCAGCUUCAGGAUCAACCAGCGGUAGUUGUGCCAGAUAAAGUAGCGCAGGGACUUCAGAGGACCCAGAAACCACAUGAGACUGGUGUCCGGACGACUUUGGAAAGGGAGGGACGAAGAGAAGGAGACAGAUGGAAGUAAAACAGAGAAAGGGGGAGGAGAGGAGUCACAGAGGGGUGAGACAGAGGGAGACAGUUGAGGAGGAUGGCAGGAGGGAAACCAAGUGCAGAAGGCAGCAACUGAAUCAAAGCUUCUGAAGUUUCUGGAGGAAGGUUUCUCCGAGUCAUUCUGCUCAGCGGAGAUGGUUGGGGACUUACUUUGGCUUCUCCAAUGGAUCUGGCUCGUUCCGUCCCAGACCCACCGGGCUUUUCUCCGCCUCCUCUGCCGUCACCAGGUGAAGUUCAGCUUCGACUUUCCCCUGAAACAAGAUAUGAUUCUGGUGAUGAAGAAACGUCCGACCACAACAAAAACUGGACUUUUGAGUGGGAACAUCAUCAGACGAGGAGCCAUGUGGUCAUCUUACCGUGAGCUCCAUUUCGUCGUUUUCAUCGCGGGCCACGAACGGCCACCACCCUUUCACCCUCUUCUGCUUGAAGAUGGAGAUGGUCGGCAGCUCGUGCUCAUUCCGGAUCAUGUCGAUACUGCACUGCUUGGCUGUUUUCGCUCCUCGAGGGAACCGAUUCAGGUCCAGCUCAAUGGCCCCUGAGAUUAAAGUCAUAGGUUAGAGUGGCGUCUCCGGGGCCUCAUCAAACGGCGGUGGUCCUCACCCAGGAAGUCGUCAGCAGAGAAGUGGUCGGCGUCCCAAACCUGCAGGGUGAGUCGGGGAGGGAUCUUGUACUCUGUCUCGUCCCAGGAGAACAUGGACUCCUUCUUGGAGAUGACUAUCUUCUCCUCGGCCAUCAGGUAGUCAAAGGGGUAGACGAAGCGCCAGUUGAAGUUUCCCUCUCCGGUCAGCGAGUGGUAGUGCACGUCGGUGUCCUGCCUGUCCUCCUGCUGUCCCUUCAGCCACCUGGGGGGCGUCACACAAGCUCCAGUAAGGGUCACUCAACUCGAACAGGACACAGCAACAUUGACCUUUAGGAUCAUAGUUGGGCGUGAAUUUGGUUUUUGCCACUAAUGUGGGGAACGUCUAGUUCCCCGGUUGUUUGUCACCAGAUUAGAAUGAAGACAUCCUAGAUCUUAAAAUCUCUGUGAGCAAGAGAGAUGAUGCUAAUAGGUCAAAAUCAAAACCGAUAACUGCGAGACUCCAACAGCCAGUCCGUUCAAAUCAUCGAAUCUGAUUCGCUGUUGGAGCCUCGCGCUUCGUCUCAAGCCAUGCAGACACAGAACUAGCAGGGUGCACCAGCAAACCAGGAAGUCAGUGAUAGAAUGCCUGUGUUGUGAUGGAGACAAAAAUCAGGUCAAAAUAAACGCCUUUGAAGAAGCUGGAGCUCAGAAAAAGAAGUCAGAUCAAGCAGGCAUGCUGAGAAAAAUGCUACGGGCUGAAAUAAAAGGAGAAGAUGGAACUUUACAGGCAUGAAAUCUGGAGGGACUUCUGUUUGAUUUGACGGUGUCGGAGAAGCAAAACACAGCGGAGCCUGAAAACCUUCAACAGGGUUUUCUGUUAUCAGCGUUGGGCGAGCAAACUUUUUAAAAAGUUAUGAGUCAUGUCUCGUGGGCAGAGCAGUUAUGGAUGGGAUUUCAUUUCAUUACUCUUUUCAGUCAGAAAAUGGUGUGAAUCUGGUUUUCCUGCGGCGACGAGCUUCUUCUGUUGUGGUGUUAGUGUCGUGCUUCAUGCAGGCAACAUCAGUGAGUAGAUGUGUCAAUUGAAAGAGUCAAACUUGAGCGCAGCACCAAACCACAGUCUUUUUUU